UGGCCGGAGUGGCAGGAAAGGGUGGAGGGUUGGCAUUGUCUUUGAGGCCACUGCCAGCCUCAGUCCUUCAUUGGUGCUGGGAGGCAUGGCUGGGUGCAUAGCACGCUGGCAGUACAUUCUUGGGGCCGUGCUUGCAGGAGUGCUGCUGCUGACCGCCGGGAUCUUGCUGGGGCACUAUGCAAUCUACAAGGCACCCCAAACCCCUGAUUGGCUUCACAGACUCUCGAGAGACCUGGACCCUGCUCUGCUUGAAGACUUCAUGAGCCAAGUGGAAGCCGCCCGCAUUGGGGAGAACCUCAAGCAGCUGUCUUCUAAGCCCCAUAUGGCUGCCACUAAGGGAGAUGAACAUCUGGUGCAGCUGCUGCUGAAUGCCUGGCGAGACCCUGCGACUGGCCUGGACAAUGCCAUGGAGGCCCAAUAUGAGGUCUUCUUCUCCUUCCCUGACCCAGAGGAACCAAACUCCGUGGCUGUGGUGAUGGAAAAUGGUACCCGUGCCUUUGUCUCCCGGGAAACGGAGAAAAACCUGACUGCGGACCAGGCAGAUAGGGAAGUGGUGAAGCCUUAUGCUGCUUAUGCACCUCCAGGGAACCCCAAGGGAAAACUGGUCUAUGCUAAUCAAGGCAAAAUGAGUGACUAUGAAUACCUGAUCCAACAGCAGAUUGAUCUCAGUGGCACAAUAGCCAUCACCCGUUAUGGAGGGGCUGGCCGAGCAGCCAAGGCAAUCAACGGUGCCAAAUUUGGAGUGAUCGGAGUGGUGGUGUACACAGACCCAGGGGACAUAAAUGACAACAAGGCUUCACCAGAGGAGGCUUACCCCUAUUCGUGGUACCUUCCCCCCUCAGGCGUGGAGAGGGGUUCCUAUAAUACCCACUUUGGAGACCUGUUGACUCCUUAUUACCCAGCCAAAGAUUUCACCUACAGAAUUCCAGAGGACCAGAUCACAGGGAUCCCUCCAAUCCCCACCCAACCCAUUGGCUUUGAGGAUGCCAAGACACUUAUCUGUAACCUGGCUGGCAAACCUGUAACGGAGGAAGGUUGGCAAGGAUCGUUGGGCUGCGUCUACCAUCUUGGACCAGGAUUCAGGGAAGGUGGACCAUUCUCAAACACCAGUGAUGUCCAGGUGAAUGUUUAUAACCACAGAAGGAUCAAUGCAUCUUCCAAUGUGUUGGGGCUGAUACGAGGAAGUGUUGAGCCUGACCGCUACGUCCUAUACGGCAACCACCGGGACAGCUGGGUGCACGGGGCUAUCGACCCCAGCAGUGGGACGGCUGUCAUGCUGGAGAUCACAGGGGUGCUGGGCAAGAUGGUGAAGGAAGGGAAGUGGCGUCCACGAAGGUCCAUCAUUUUUGGCAGCUGGGGUGCGGAGGAAUUUGGCCUCAUUGGUUCUACAGAGUACACAGAGGAAUUUUACAGCAAACUGCAACAGCGCAGUGUGGCCUAUGUCAACGUGGACAUUGCCGUCUUCGCCAACGCUACCUUGAGGGCCCAGGGAACGCCUCCUGCUCAAAGUGUUAUUUUUGCAGCUGCCCAGCAGGUGAAGACCCCAGCAGAUUCUUCCCUGUCAGUCUAUGACAACUGGAAACGCCACUUCAACCGAAGUAGCUCUGUAUAUGGAAUCAUCCCCAGUUUAGGGUCUUUGGGUGCUGGAAGCGAUUAUGCCUCCUUCGUUCAUUACCUGGGCAUCACAUCCAUGGAUAUCGCUUACACCUAUGACCGGAGCAAGACUUCAGCACGCAUCUAUCCAGCCUACCACACGGCCUUUGACACUUUUGACUAUGCGGAAAGAUUUAUCGACCCAGGGUUCACCAGCCACCAGGCCGUGGCACGGACAGCUGGCAACGUUUUGGUGCGCCUGGCGGAUGCCCUGCUCCUGCCACUCAAUGUGAGCGACUAUGGGGAGACACUGCAGCAGAUGUUCAGCAUUGCCAAAGAGGCGCUCCAGGAGGACCUUGCCAAGAACAACAUCUCCCUUGAUCCACUUUGGGCUGCAAUUGUACGUUUCCAGGCGGCAGCUGAUGGUCUCAACCAGCGCAGAGCAAACCUGCAGAAAGAAGAAAAUCCCAACCCCCUGCACGUGCGGAUGGUAAAUGACCAGCUGAUGUUGUUAGAAAGGGCGUUCCUGAACCCCAGAGCCUUCCCGGAUAAGUAUUACUACAGCCAUGUCAUCAUGGCUUCUCGGUCAUCUGCUCUUGCUACCUUCCCAGGCCUUGCUGAUGCCUAUGCCCAUGCUAAGGAGGUGGGCCAGUGGGACGACGUCCACAAGCACCUCACCAUUGUUAUCCAAGCGAUAGAAAAUGCGGCCUCCAUCCUGGAGCCUGUGGCUGAAUAACGGUGAUAAUCUUAGCAAAUAAAGGGAAUUGUUCUUUGGAAGGCCGGCUGUAAAUUGCGUUCCUCGGCCCCUAUUUGCUUUUAAAUUGACCUGUUUCCUAAAAGUGAUUUCAUUGGUUUAAUAUUUGUUUUAUUGUCAUUUUGUUUUGUUUUAAUCCUUGUAAAUUGCCGAGAGAAUUUUGGUAAUAAGACAACCUAGAAAGUGUACAAGCAAAUAAAGAAAUACUUUGCAUUUACGUAACAGUUUGAA